GCGUGUCGCCUCUCGUCUGAACGUUCUGACCGUUUCUUUCGAAGGGUUUUAGUCGAAACUAAGUGUUAUUUCUCUACUUCGGUGCUUUUGUAACACUGUGUGCCUAUUUUUUGUUCGUUGUUGUCGCUAGCUAACUUGUCUGCUGCGGCAGUCGGUUUUGCGCCGUGCCCACGGUGGUCACUCUUGCGCAAGAACUUUUUUUUUUUCUACUUUGGUUGUUUUGUAGCACGGUGCGAUUCUUUUUGCUUUGUUUUUGUGGUCAGCGGACUCGAUACGUUUCGGCCGCGUGAUUUUGGUUGCUCCAUCGGCUCCGUGUCGUGCAACGUUGGUGUCGUGCGUCGUGCCUACGGUGUUCGUCUCUUCAAAAACUUACCGUGCGGCUUCCGUGUGAGCCGUCAAUGAGCAAUGCGGCUCAGUGACUACGCAGAGCAUCUUUCUGGACGUGAGAAAGACCGUUAUGUGAGCAAAGUCAAGCGGUGCCACGGCAUCGACCCCCUCGACCUACGAGACGGUGAGAUGGUGCGCGACACGAGUCUCUAUCCGAAUGUGGAAUUCACCGAUAUCAAAGACUACCUUGUUCAUGAAACAAGCUUCGUGACAAGGGAGGAGCUGAAAGCCUACAAGUCCCUCGAGUCGCACAACUUUUUGACGAGCGGCUGGGUCCAAGAACCCCAGAUCAGGGUGCUUCCUGACAACAACGUCGUGGUCGUGGGGAAGGUUCGUCACUCGCAGUCGAUGAGAGAGGCCUUACUGAGACCUUGGCUGCUCCUCAAGCCCGAUGGCCAAGUGCAAGGAGCGCACUGUACCUGCAUGGCAGGUCUGGGUGAAGCUUGCUCCCACGUAGGAGCAGUACUGUUUUACCUGGAAGCAGUGGUGAGGAGAACAAGCAGCCUGGCCUGUACAGACCAAGCAAACGCCUGGCUACCACCACGAAUGCAGGUACUUGAAUGCGUCCCCAUUGCGAAGAUUGACUUUUCGUCAGCGAAAAUGAAGAAAAGAAUUCUAGACGGGGAAAGACGGCCCACCGCACAGACGAGUUCCAGUGUACCCCUGGGUGCAAGAGACGAAGAGUGGGCAACAUUUCUUGCGGCCUGUCACCAGAGUGGUUGUCGGCCAGCAUUGCUGGCAUUGGAGGAGGACUAUGUCGACGAGUAUAUACCAGUGGCCACGAAGUUUCCCAGUGCCAUACUGACAAGCCUUUGGAGGGACGACAUGCCGGCUACGUGGGAGGAGGUCAUAGCAGAGUGCCGGGACAUGGCGGACAGCCUCACGCUUGAUCCCGAGGUGACCGCUGCAAUCGAAGUGGAGACGAAAAAGCAGGCCUCGUCGGAGAAGUGGUUCGCAUUCCGAGCAGGCCGUGUCACGGCCUCCAACGCCAAGGCGGUGUGUAGAACGCCGAUCGACAACCCCUCCCAGUCUCUUGUGAGGAGGAUUUGCUACCCUCUUGAGACACAGUUCUGGGCUCCUCAAGUCGCUUGGGGAAGAGAAAAGGAGGGCAAGGCCAGGGACGCCUACAUUGCGGACAUAGCACCAAUCCACCACAACUUCAGGUGUGAAGAGUCUGGACUUCAUUUGUCUACCGAGCACCCAUUCUUAGGUGCAACUCCAGAUGGUCUGGUGAGCUGCACGUGCUGUGGAAAAGGUGUGCUGGAAAUUAAGUGCCCUUAUCGUGCCAAGUAUUCUUGGACUUCAGAAAUCCCCAAGCUAAAAAACUCCUGCCUCACCAUGGAAUGUGGAAAGUUGACAUUGAAAACGGACCACAGGUACUACUUUCAAGUUCAAAUGCAAAUGCUAGUCUGUGGGAGAACCUACUGCGACUUCGUAGUGUGGACUACAAAAGAUCUGUUUAGGCAGCGAAUCUAUAGAGACAGAGAGUUCUGCAGCGAGAUGGUUGCCAGCUGUGCGGACUUCUUUCUAUGUGCACUUCUGCCAGAGAUAAGCUUCAGGUACUGGAGUAAAAAAAUCCAAGAAGAUGACACACUCGCAGACAGCACAUCAAGCUCGGACAGCGAAGAGGACGACAAUGGGACUGGUCAAAGUUAUUGCUUCUGCAAAGGACCAGAAUCUGGCGAAAUGGUCAAGUGUGACAAUGGGUCAUGCAAGUACCAAUGGUUUCACUUUGCAUGUGUGAACUUGAAAAGAGCCCCCAAGGCACGAAAGUGGUUUUGUGGCGACUGCAAAACAAAGAAGAGGUAGAAAUCUGAAAAACAGGCAACAGUGAGCGCCCUAACUUUUUUUUUUUACCUAAGUAUGGAAUGUAUUUUGAGCGAUGAAGUGCGUGCGAUUCGUUUUAAUAAAGUUUGCACGUCUGGUAAAUCUUGUGGCUUACAUCUUUAGAAUUAACAAAAGUCAAAUGUCCUUAUAAGAAUUUGAUUUCUGGGAUUUAUUUCUAAAUGUGACUGUGUGAACAUGUUAACAGAAAAUAAUUCAUAGAUUUUCAGGUACAAUAAUAAUACUUUUUACCGAAGGUAAGGUACUCUGGGAGGCUCGCAAGGCAAGGCAGAUAGGCUUCGGCCUAUAGGCAUGAGCGUCUGCCAGCCAGCCACCCAGAGCAAGUGAAUGAAAAUAAAAGCAAAGAAUAAAACAAGAGGGAAGGGGUAACACCGCCUAAACAAAGUUCCAGUGUCCAGGUGGCAACCCCCCAUCCCACUAGUUGAUGUAGUUGUAAACAGCUCUGUUCCAUACACUGCACAAGUCACACAUAAAGUGAAAAAAAGACAACCAAGGUUGGUCAUGUUAUAAAUUUGGUUUCAUUCUUAUCUUUAUUUGGUAGUUGCAUGAAAGCACUUAUUAUAACAUGCUGGAAGACCUAAUAGAAAUGCAGUAUAUGCAUCCACUCAUAGUUUUCCUGUUUAAAAGACAGCAGAAAAUGACACACAUUCCAAGACGGACUAUAAACAGCAUAACCAACGUAGGAGAAAGCAAAAGGGAGUUAUCAACCUGUUUUUUCUUAUGCAUACCACAAAUACCAAAACAACAUUGGU